GUAGAUUUUUUAAAAACCAUUUUUAGGGUCACAAUGUCCGUGGGGUCUUCUUUGUGAAUCCGAGCAAUCCGUUAGGACUGGUCUACACCAAGGAACAGGUCCUGGACUAUCUAGCAUUCUGCAAGAAGCACAGCCUUCAAGUUAUAAUGGAUGAGAUUUACCAGGGCAGCAUCCAUGAUGAAUCUAUACCAAACUCUAGCAUUCUGGGGCUCCCUCUUGAGGCCAUUCCGGACACGCAGACUACUCACAUCUUGUAUGGCUUCAGCAAGGACUUUGGAAUACCUGGGGCUCCGCUGGGGGUCCUCCACUCUUGGAACAAGGACGUCUUAGAUAGAUGCAUCGGGCUGAACGACUAUCAGCAAGCUUCUAGUUUCAUCCAGUCUGCUGCAGCUAAGAUGAUAGAGGAUAAAGAUUGGCUGAGGGGGACCUACUUCCCAACCAACCUCUCAAGAAUGAGAGAUGCGUGUCGGGUUACCAUGGAAACCCUGGAUGAGAUCGGAGCUACAUACCUCAAGCCUCAAGCUGGUCUCUAUAUAUGGGCUAACCUUAGCAAGUUCCUUGCACAAGAUAACGAAGAGGAGGAACGUCGUUUUACCAACCACCUCUUAAAGGGCGGGGUCGGUUUGUCGCCCUCUGCUGGCUACUGCGGGGGAGAGUAUGGCUGGUAUCGGAUCAUGUUUGCUGUACCAAGAAACAGAUUAGUAGAAGGUUUACAACGAUUGAAGAAAUCCUGUUUGUCCUUUGAUUCCUCACGCUCCUAGAUGGAAGAAAGCAUCAGAGAUCACCAUGACUUGUAAUAAUCUGUUUAUAAUCUCUUUAUGAAAUUCAAAUUUCUGUACCCUCUAUUGGAAGCAGAAAGUUCCUAGAAGCAUUUUUGUGAAAGUUUGGGGCAGAACUUAGAUGAAAUAUUAGGGGCAUGAAUAGAAGAAAUUCUUAAAUCACUCAUCAGAAAUGCUCUAAAAGCAUUGAACUAAUCCCCAAUGUUAUAUAUCAUAUUGAAGGAAAAUCUGCAUAUAUUUGUAAAGAAUGAAUUGAUUAACAUAAAUUUGAUAACAAAUACAUUUUGAGGAAUCAAUUUAGGAACAUAAUGUAAGAAAUAGUUUAAGAUAUGUUUUAAGUAGAAGGGAUUUAGUUUAUUAAUAAUGAGCUGCAUUUAGGAUGUGGUAUAAAGGAAUCUCCUGAUAUUCAGUAAUACAAUACUUUGAAAAUAUUUCCAUAGUUCAGUAGGAUGGCUGAUAAGCUUCUGAGGUUAUCUGUUAAAAAAAAAAAAUUUCUGUUUCUGAAAAGCAUUAAUUCCAUUUCAAACUUGAUCUAUAAUUGAAAUUCUGUUGUGUCGUAUAAAAAAAAUGAAUUCAGUUUUGCAAAGGUAAAUUCAGUUCAUUUUCACGCAAAAAGUAAAGAAGCAAAAUUGAUUUUUCGUUUUGAUUUACUGGUAAACAAAGAGUCCUUGUCCUUACAAAUUAAAGAAAAGUGAUGUUUUUAAGGAUCUGAAUUUUCAUGAGUUUAAAAGCAUUACCUAUAUUGCUCAAUAAGGUAAUAAAACUAGUCUGAAAUAUUGAGGAAUUU